AUGUUUUUCUUUUUCUUUUUCUUCCUUCUUACUCACAGACAGACACUUCCUCGUCGAUCUGAUGAUGUCUAUGAUGAUGAAGAACGCAUAAUCUUUUCGGUCUUCCCUUGCGCUACAACUUUCCAUCCUUCCAACUCCAACACGACCGUCGGGGGAUCCGACAUCACAGAUCUUUCUCUCCCUACCUUACCUAGCCACCUUAAAAAGUCCUUGCCGACCUUAUGUGUGCACUGUACACCAUUGAGAAAGAUUACAGACAACCACAGUGGGGAAAGUGUUGAAGGUCUUCCCGUCCCCUCCUUCCUGACUGCUUCACCCACCGACAACCUACUGAUGAGACCUACCUUGGGUCCUAAGCAAAAACUUCUAUCUUGCAAGUUGAAAGAAAUAUUUUUUUUUUUUACCCUUCCUCUCUUUCUUUGUUAUAUGAAAAAAAAAUAUCUAUCUAUCUAUCUAUCUAUCUAUCUAUCUAUCUAUCUAUCUAUCUAUCUUAUAAAAACAGUUAUAUAUGCUACAAGAAAUGAGAUUAAAAGUCAAGAAAGGUCAUUCUCUCUGAAAUGCUGA